UUCGUGCACUUCUUCCUCACAAAACCAUUUGAGUAGCUCGAAUAUAUAUAUAUAUUAAUAUACCUAAAAUGUAUUAUACUAGAGAAACGCACUGAAUUAUCGUAGUAGCGGUAUACGGAAGUAAUUACUGUCUGGUAGAUGAGUUAGUGUUUUUGUUUAGCACAUCUUAAUUAUGCUCUCCCCUCAUUGUACUCAGUAUGUAUUCGCUCGAUCAAAAAGAUCGUCAAUCUGUAAGCAACCAAACGCAGAUGGCACCAUCUUACUUACUUAGCUACGUUUUGCUUAACUAGUGUUAUGUUCUCUCUUUCUUUCUUUCUCUUACUCUCUCGCCCUACCGUUUUACAGUGACUGUGUAGUAGUAACAAAAGAAAUAUCAUUAGAGUCAUAUAGUCGAUACCACCUAGAUGAAACGCAUAUCAAUCUGCAAUAGCUGCUCGUUUGAGCAUGCUCUCUUUUUUCUAUCGUUGUUUGUUCUUCUGACUAUUUAUCUAUUUAUCUCAAAAUGGCUCGCUCCAUUCUGCACCAUAAACGAUAGUUCUGAUAUACCCAUCUACCCGGCUAUUUUUUUCAUUUACUACACCAUACGUGUUUUCGUCGUCUAUUUCCUCCGAAACGUUUGCUAUGAGUUUCUUUAAGCGCUUCUCAAAAUCGCUCCAAACUGGUGCAUGAUUACACUGUAACCCACACACCCUCCUCACACGCACAAUAGAAGAGUACAUUCGCAACUCGAUCGCUUUAUACUAGAUUGUGGUAAACAAGAUUAGUAGAGAUACCUAAGCAAAACAGUAUGGUGCACACUGCGUACGCCAAUAGACUUUGCUGUAAGGCGUGCUUGCAUCGGUAAAAAAAAGUUUAAAAACCAAUUCAAAGAACAAUAACUGCAAUAACUAAGAAUGUUUGUCAUUUGGAGGCUUGGAGCCUUCAAGCGCAAAACUCAACUCUCUAAAACCCUGCAGCAAUGACUAAACAGGGUAGUAACACGAGCGUACCAUAAGCGUCUAUGCAUGAACCUUGAUGAGCGUUAUGAACUUAAUAUAGCUGUUUAAAAAGAAAACGAGAGAGAAAAAAAACACGACAGCAACAAAAGACAAAACAUAAAAAAGGUAAAACUAAAUACAACAACAACAACAACAAAAUAAUAAUGUAGCUGUAGCAAUACCAGUGUGAUUGUAUUACUUGAUAGUAGAUUUGUAAUGUAUAUGCAACAAUAAAUACAUCUAAUGUAAUCUGAACUUAUUUGUGCGGUAGUGAUAGCGCGCCAUCACCACCACACGCACGCCACAGACAAAACCACACACAAACAUACAGACACCAUGCCGUCAUACCACACAGAUACACACUCCUAACGAAUAGAAUAUAUGCCAUACGGAAAAUCAAAACUUUUAUAGUAGUAUAUAUGCGAAUGCAACCCUGUUCUUGUAACACUCGUAGUCUCGUAGUGGGUAGUAUGUAUUUGAGCCUGUAGCAGCUACGAUACCGUUAGCGACUAGGACACUAGUAGAGCUGUAUGUAGUUCAUAGAUCGGUGUGCUGGUGAGAGCAAUUGGAUACUAAGCUUUUUUUUCUAUCGCGCAUACCACACCUAAACAUUAAAUAAACGUCAACAAACGUCGUUCACGUCGUUUGCAAUAACUGUCAAGCUGAAAACGGGAAAAAACAUAAACAAAAAAUAUCAACAUCAAAACCGUGGGACAGUUCCAAUCCCUAACCAUAAUGAAAUAGAUAGAAACAUCUCUCUCCAAACGUACAAUAAUCGCUCUUUUAUAAUGUUUGACAAACACCCCUAAAAUCCAUUCGUUUACGAGAGCUUUAAGCUUUUCUAGUGAACUCUUGCUAACAAAACGAAAACAAAGACGAAGAAAAAAAAACUAUAAAAAAAGAAGAAACAGAGAUGACGUUCUUAGAACAAGUGGUACAUCAUGGCAAUACUCAUCAUUGUAAGGCUCUAUUAGUAUAACAUAAUCACUAACUGAACUGUGUGUAGAGUAGUUGUAUCCUUGUAUCCCAGCUAUUUUUAUAUACUCACACAUAUACACUUUAACCCAUCGCAACAACUGUGGUGUGUCCCGUUGUCAUGAUUUUAGUUACAAAUAUUUGUUUUAGUACAUUCUCUAUUAUGUUUUGCGUAUAAAAUUAAGUUUAAAAGUCCUUUUAGUUUUAUAAGUUCUUCCCAAUCGUAACGAUACUGACACGAAAAGGUAGAAUGUCAUAUGAAAAACAGAAAGCAAGGUAAAAUUUGCUAUAUAAAACACAUAACACACACAACACACAUCAUACACGUGCGUGUCAAAAUUAGUACCAACGUUCUCUCAAAACUAAAGCUUGUAGAUGUUGUGUUCGAUUGUAGUUUUAGUUGUGAGUGUUAUUGCAACAGUGUGACCGCAAAACGCUCCUUUCCUUCUUAUCUAUCUUUUCAUACCGUCACCCACACACACACAUACACAUAGAUACAAACACAACUGUGUAUUAGAGUAGAGACAUGUAUACUAGAGUGUACUCUAUCUGGACAUAUAUAUCUAUCAACUUGAUUUUAGAUCGUAGAACGUUUAGUUUGGCCUCUUUCCCCCAUGCCUCCCCUCUUACGUAGAAUUGGUUGUUGAUGGUACCAUGCUAUCCCGUAAGCUCGUUUUGUGUAGUAUUACUUGUAAAGCAAAGCAAAACAAAUGAAAUAUAUACUCCCAUCGCCACGUUCGUGCGGAUGGUUCAUAAAAAUCAUGGAAAUAAAGUAUUAGUAGCAUAUAUAAGCGUAUGCAGUUUCUUUGUUUUAGUUCAUCCAGUUGCCUUUACCGUAGACAGCAUCCAAAGGGUAUGGAAUGAAAUAAUUGUCCACUCUUUACUAGAAUUAAUUUCUAUUUCUUUUAUUUUUGUUGUAAAUAGAAAGAAUAUGACGUGGUUGCAAAAUGCAUUCUUUUCCCUUUUCAUGGGUAGCGUCCGUAGAGCUCCAUCAGCACAAUCAUUGUAAAACGAACAGCUUGCUUGUCUGUAACACACACACACAUUGGUGCUGAUCAUCCGGUGCUGAUGGUUUUUUACUUUCAAAAUGUCUGCUUGUAUGCGCGUAGAAAAAUACUAUUGCUGUACAAAUAUGUAAAUGGCGCUUAGUGUUGUUUGUUUGGAAUGGUAAGUAAACAAGACUUAGUUCAACGAUUGUAUGAUAUCUUGCAUAUCCGUUGUAGUAUAUCGAUUUACACUCGACAAUGCUUCGAUCGUUUUUCAUUCUAGUUUCAAUUUCAGAGGCAGCCAAAACCCCAGCAAUAAACCUCGGGCAACUAAAUUUCGUUAACUUUUCUCUUACUUGAUUUAGCAAAUUUAAGUGUAACAUGAAACGUCGCUUUUAACGCAAAUGAACUAACACGCUUUCCAAACAAUCCCUCUCCCAAUCACCAAAACCACGGCGAUGGCACAGUAUCGCACACGGUACAGGAUUUGGUGUUCAUCUGGAACAUGACCGACCCGCUGGUGGUGAACCCGGAAAUCGAGCUGCCCCAGCUGGACAUCAGCAACAACUACACCACCGACUGUACGAUCGAGUACUCGACCGGUAACUUCACCUGUCUGGCGGUGGUGUUCAACCUGAGACGGCGGCUGGGCUACCAUCUGUUCCACACCUACAUCCCGUCCGCGCUGAUCGUCGUCAUGUCGUGGAUAUCGUUCUGGAUCAAACCGGAGGCCAUCCCGGCACGGGUAACACUCGGCGUCACCUCGCUACUAACGUUAGCCACACAAAACACCCAAUCGCAACAAUCGCUACCGCCGGUAUCGUACGUAAAGGCCAUCGACGUCUGGAUGUCGUCCUGCUCCGUGUUUGUGUUUCUGUCGCUGAUGGAGUUCGCGGUGGUCAACAACUACAUGGGCCCGGUGGCGACCAAAGCGAUGAAGGGCUACUCGGACGAGGAUCUGUCGGAGGCGAUCGACUUUAACAAGAACGGCUACAACAAGGACCACCGCUCGUCGGAGGUACCGCGGUACGAUACGUUCUGCCACGGGCGGGAAACGGCCCUCUGCAUCGACAAGUUUUCCCGCUUCUUUUUCCCCUUCUCGUUCUUCAUACUGAACGUUACCUACUGGACCACGUUCCUGUAGGGGGGGGAAGGGGGGCUCCCCCAGCAACGACAGAAAUUUGCGCAUGGAGCUGCCGCUGAAGAAGGCAUUGAAGGUAUCAUCCAGCAUCCAGCAAAUGACAUUAGAUGAGAUACCGUACACUAGGAACGUAGCUGUAAGAUACUGGCACCAUCGGAUUGGCCGAUCGGUCACUAGGCGUAAGCGACACAUAUAACAAAGUAAAUAA